AUGACGCAUUCUCAUCAGGAAGAGUGCGAGGAGAUGGAGGAGGAGAUGGAGGAGGAGGAGAUGGAGGAGGAGGAGAUGGAGGAGGAGGAGAUGGAGAAGGAGGAAAUAGAAGAGGAGAUGGAGGAGGAGAUGGAGGAGGAGGAGGAGAUGGAGGAGGAGGAGCAGGAGAUGGAGGAGGAGGAGAUGGAGGAGGAGAUGGAGGAGGAGGAGCAGGAGAUGGAGGAGGAGGAGAUGGAGGUGGAGAUGGAGGAGGAGGAGAUGGAGGGGGAGAUGGAGGAGAUGGAGGAGGAGGAGGAGUUGGAGGAGGAGGAGGAGAGGGAGGAGGAGGAGGAGAAGUUAGAUGAGGAGGAGCAGAUGGAGAUGGAGAAGGUUAAGAGACAGAGACAGAGAGAGAGACAGAGACAGAGAGAGAGACAGAAGAGAGAC